UCCUCCUGCCGCCAUUUUGCGCCCGGGGAGGAGGAUACCCGCGAGGUGGAGAGACCGGGUGGGCGCUGAGUUCUCUUGCUUGGCUUCCACCCGUCUGUCACGACCAGCCAUGGAUCCGUCAGGGCGGAAGGAGAAACCUAAAGCCAAGGAGCCCAUGAACCGGCUGGAAAAGGCCAAGCAGAAGUCAGCCCAGCAGGAACUAAAGCAGAGGCAGAGAGCGGAGAUUUAUGCUCUCAACAGAGUCAUGACGGAAUUGGAGCAGCAGCAGUUCGAUGCAUUCUGUAAGCAGAUGCAGCCUUCCGGAGAGUAAGCCGACCCCAAGGGAGGCCCCCGGCGUCUUGGCGUGAGCCGCGUGGGCUAGUUUUCCCAAUUCGAGAUGGCUAAUCUGCGACUGGACAGAAUUAUAGGCUCAGAUUCCUGAAUUUUUAAAACCCGCACCCAUUUCGUGUGUCCACGAACAUCAGACAGGCCUCCUGCUCACCGAGGGGUUUUAUGUCAUCCUCCGCAGACGGCGGAGGCUUUUUUAAACAUCGAACAUUUUGACCUUUUUACACGACCGUUUGGAUUUGAAGAAGUCGGCAGGAACUUCAUCCGCUCUGCUUCUCCGGAGAUGCGACGGAAAGAAUCGCCUGCCCGGGCCUCGGCUCGGUUGCCCGACUGCAGAGCGCCGGGCCGAAACAAGUUCUGGGGUAGAAAGCAAGUGAGGGAAACAGGGUGAAAGAGAGGGAAUGUGGGGUGGCAUUUUGCCCACCAGCUCUUCAUUCCGGGGAUGCUGCUACUUUCCCCACAUGGUUGGGAUUUCCGCGGAUUUCUCAUGGAAUGAGGAUGUUUGCCCCGGCCAGCUGCAGCUGCUAGGGAUGGGACCACUGACCAAAGCUCCUGCUCUUUAGAAACUCCAAAGCGCCCGUUCUUCUGCCUGCUUGGGGCUCCAAAUAAAGUGGCCACGGCCACAGACCAGGCACUAUACCAAGCAGGAUAAAUA